AUGAAAUACAAAAACAGGAAGAUUUUUGAGUAUAAAAAGACCAGAGUGGUCCAUUGCUAAUUCAGUAAUACAACGAGAUUCAGAAUAAUACCAAGAUGUUAAAAAACGCAAUGAUUGGAUUAAUAUUAUCAAUUGCAAUAUGUAUUGUACAAUCAGCUAAAAUUCCAGUUGGUCCACAUGUUCAUCAUGAUCAUGUACCAGUUGGAGUUCCAACCACUGAACCAAUUGCAAUUUUAUCACAAAAUUCAGAGGUAAAUCCAGAUGGAACAUUUUACAAUGUAUGGGAAUCACAAAAUGGUAUUAAAGUUCAAGAAGAAGGAACAGUUAAAGUACUAGAAAAAAAUACAAUUGCACAAAGUGUUACUGGUGAAAUAUCAUGGGUUGAUCAUGAUGGUACUCCAUUUAAUUUAAAAUACACUGCUGAUGAAAAUGGCUACAGACCAGAAGCUGAUUUUCUACCAACUUCACCACCAAUUCCAAUUGGUAUUGCAAGAGGUCUUGAAUGGAUUAAAACACAUCCUUAUGUUGAAAAAAAUCAACAAACUGAUGAACAACAUGUUGAACUUCCCAUUGUCGAAAGCAACUAAUUUUAUUACUACAAACUGAUGCAAUAUUUUAGCAUUAUUUCGUUAUAAAUAAAUAAAAUAUAUAAUAAAAUUUUUUAUUAAUUUUGUUAACUAUAAAUAACACAUGUAUUUUUUAUUCUUGCUGAAUUUAUUUUUAGCUUUGUCCUUGACUACCAGUUUACAUAUUAUUUAACACAUUUUCUCGUGAACAAAAAAAAAAACCCAGAUGAGGAAAAAAUAAAGACACAAAUAUAAUUUAUAUAAAUUAAUAUUAAAA